CUCUGCAAUGGAUAUUGAUGUCAUAGUUUGACAUCAGAUGCAGGAAAGUCCGUAGGGUUCUUUACUAUUGAAUUCCGUAACGGAUGUCUUUACCAUGGGCGAAAUUGUGGACCAAGCUAUUUUCGUUAAUCACCGGUUUGCUGGCAAAAUACUUAUGGCGUGUAUUUCUCCACUUUUCCCUAUCAUCAUUGUCAGCAACGCAUUGUUGAUUCUGAUAGUUUACAGAAAUCACAGCCUCCGUACACCGACGAAUAUCAUCGUUGCGAGUCUUGCCUUUUCAAAUCUCGUCGAUGCCCUUGUCGGACUUCCGCUGAAUAUAUAUGGAGUUGUAUUUAAGAUGGAAGAGGCGUGUACAGGAGAUGAAGAUACUUGGUAUUAUUUACCCCUGCAAAUAAUAGCAGGUGUUUCGUUUUGCCACAUCGUAGCGUUGACUGCUGAUCGAUACAUAGCUGUUACAAAACCGUUACGUUAUGUUCAGAUAGUGACGCUAAGGCGCAUUGCAAUCGUACUGGGAUCUCUCUGGAUUCUGAGUACGUUGCUGAACAGCGUUCGAUAUAUUGCCUUCGAACUUCAAACAAACUCGACCAUCCUGGAUCGCAAUGAAACAAUAUGUGGUAUGCCCUAUUCUGGAUCAAUGUCUUUAACCUUCGGAUGGCUACUCUUAAGCGUGGUCGUGGUCUUAAUUGUUGCUUUACCUGUCAUCAAUACUUUGCUACUUCGAAUUGCAAUGAGGCAAGCACGAAAAAUUGCAGUUCAGAGAGUGGUGAUAGGUUUUCACCAAGAUCAACCUCCUCCUCAAGAUGACCGGUUAAAGGCAUUUAAAACAAUAUCGCUUGCCGUUUCACUCUUCGUCAUCUUCUGGUUUCCCUUUCCCUUGUAUCUCGUUCUGCGGCUUACAACGUACUUGUCACCUCUAACAUUUUCAGUAUAUUGUAAUUGUUUUCUUGUGUGGCAUACGAUCAGUUUGAUUGUAAACCCCUUAUUAUAUGGUUUCAGGGAUCGGGAUUUUCGGAAAGGCUUUCAAAAUAUUUUUCGUCAAUGUAGGUAACAGUAGUAAGAAUCCAUUCGCACACACUCGACCAUGCAUCACAUCGGGUUAAGCGUCUGGUCGGGCAAUCUCGUGACCCGCACAUUGCAGAAAAGAGCUCCCCGGCUAAAUUCCAGAGUGCUGGAUGAUGUUCAACCGACACUUUGUGAAAAUUAUCAGUCUCAUAUGCGAAUAUUGGGGUUUAAUUUACCCGAUGUUAUUUUUAUAAUUGUAAGUCAAAUAUACAAAUGGUCGGGUAAACUGGACCAUACCCUUGGAGAAUUUAGGUGGCCCAUUUUCGAAUGGUCGGGUUACGCGAUUGCUCGACCAGAAGUGAUAACUCGAUGUGAUGGCACAAGCCGGCACUCGAAAUUAUUUCGUUGUAUGAGCUUAUUUUAUAAAUAUAUUGCAAAAAACAUUUCGUGUAUCCAUGUCUGGUGUUCCUGCAAGAUACCGACUUUGAUGACAAGCAUACUUUGAUCGUUUGCAGCAAAACCUGCCAAUACCCUGCAUUGCUGUUACUUGAAUAACUAACUUGAUUUGACGAACAUUGCGUCUUAAUAACUAGCAAGCCAAUUUGAUGAUCACCGAUUAACGAUUUUUCGUCAGACCCAUCCUUUGGAACAAAAGAGGGUAUUCGUUUUUGAUGCGACUAUCACACAUUUCUCGUACCGUAACUAUGAUUAUAAAUGAUGUUGAACCUGCCAGCGAGUCUUUGAUUAAGUCCUAUUAACAUGAUUAAUGGAUUAAGUAGGGCGUAAUUGACAGAUAUACAAUACGAGAUGAAACACAAUAUUUUCUCGUCAUCUCACCCUAAAUCACAAAAGCUGAUAUUUGAGCUUGUGUUUGUUAAAACUGGAGCGCGCUUGAACUAGAAAAUUGCGAACUGUUAGUCGUCAUGCCAUCAAAGUAAAUUACUAAAACUGAUAAUAAAAUUGCCCGAUGUGUGAAAGCAGCAUGAGACUUUUCUGGAAUACUCUUUCAUCGCAUUACCCUUAGAAAAGUUAAAUAAAUGAAUGUAAUUUCUUUGACAAUUCUUAUAUAUAAAACAUUACAAAAUAUAAAGGACUCAAAACUGGCGUUACAGCCGAUACAGUACGCAUUAUACAACUCCUUUCUUCCUUUUUAUUUUUAGUUAUGUGGUUGCGUUCACCUUGCAUCAUUAUUUAUAAAUUGAUAAAAAAAAAUGUUCAUGCCAAUUUUAUGAUCAUUCAUGUAUGAUAAAAAAUUUAGGCGUUUAGACUGCUCCCCUCAUGGAUAGCUUGGAUCGUGAGGAGGUGAAAAGAAAGAGAGAAAGGGAGGAGACAGGCAAAUGGGAAAAAGAGAGAACCCGGGUGACAUAAAGACCCCGGACCAUCCUGGAUCUGAUCCGGGGAGAGAUCCGUGUUGGCGCCUUGGGCAUCCUUGGAGGUCCGGGGUGGUCCGUGUUGGUCCUUUAACGUCCGGGAGGCCAACACGGCA